CAAAGUUGUAUGUACCUUACUCCGUUGGGGAAAUGAGUUGAACUUCACAACACAUUAGAAAAAGAAAAGAAUUUUCUCCAACAAACGGGGCUAAAGAAACGGAAAGGCAGACUUUGAUUUUGGAACCAGGUGAUGUAUAUAGCGGCCUGGCAGGAUGGCCGGCCGGGUAAAUGCUGUGGCGGCAGGUGCGCUAUUACUGAUGGUGACAUGGAUGGGAAUCGGAUGGAUCACAGUUGCUCUCGGCGUUGAUGCAUUACGAGUCGUCGAUGACAAUCCUUGCUAUCGAUCAUGCGAAUCGUCCUUCCCCAUGACCUGCGUUUAUAACUGGACCGUCACCUGGUAUUAUGCCAUGUCAUCACCACAGUGCGGUGAUUGUCCCACCAACGCGACGGCCUGCAGUAACCCAGGCUGCGUCUCGGUGGACGGGUUUCCGCGAGCAAUCAGUGUCGUCAACCAAGCUUUUCCCGGACCCAGUAUCCAGAUUUGUACUGGAGACGAGGUAGUGAUCAACGUGGACAACCAAAUGACCAACAAUGAGGGCGUGACCAUCCACUGGCACGGCCUCUUCCAGCGGAACGGCAGCCAGUUCAUGGACGGCCUGCCUAUGGUGUCACAGUGCCCCAUACCCUCCCCAGGAAAGUUCCAGUACAGGUUUAGGCCGUUCGAGUCCGGUACUAACUGGUACCACGCCCACACGGGUCUGCAGCGCGGUGACGGCGUGGCCGGGCCGUUCAUCAUCAGAGAGUCAAGACGAACUGAUCCCAACGCGGGUCUGUAUGACGAGGACAGAGCAGAGGACGUCAUAUUCCUGAAUGACUGGCACCACGAUACCAUGGUAUCCAACUACCAGAAGCAUAACAUCGGCAAGGUUCGCGUAGGCGUCGAUUCCAUUUUGAUUAACGGUAAAGGCAUUCCGUUGAGUGGAUCUCCUCCCUUCGUUCCUAUAGAGGUGUUCAAUGUGCGGAGUGGGACCAGAUACAGAUUUCGGGUGAUCAACGGCGCCAACCUUUUCUGCAAUCUGCAAUUCUCGGUCCAAAGUCACCAAUUGUUGGUUAUCACUGGGGACGGGUCCGCUCUGGAACCUCAGGCGGUCGACUACUUCAGGAUCAACGGCGGCGAGCGGUACGACUUCGUGCUGAACGCAAACCAGAACAUCGGAAACUACGAGGUGCGGGUGGUGGGACUGGGUUCGUGCGCCUCAGCGAGUGGUGACACGGGGAGACAGGUCGCCAGCCUCCACUAUGAGACGGCCUGGCCUGCGCCGAUGCCUCCCAGCCUGCCAAAUAUCACAGAGGAGGGCACGCCGGACAUCUGGUGGAAGACUUUCCCUAACAAGUCGUUGGCUGAAGUGGACCACAACAUCAAUUCCGGACGGAGGUACAGGACCACAGGCGGAGCCCCCGAUGUCCAGCACUACAUCGAGACAAGUUUUGGCACCAGGGAGAGCCCCAUACCCAACCAGGGAACCCACUCCUUCCCCCAGCUCAACAACAUCUCCUACUUCUUCCCUACCUCACCCAUCAUGUCUCAAUUUGACGACCUUCCGAUGAGCUUGUUCUGCAACGCCAGCAGCUUCCAGACGGGCGAGUGCGAGGGGCUGACGCAGUGCGCAUGCGUGCACACCAUUCAAGUUGAACUUAACGCGUUAGUGGAGAUCGUUCUGGUGAAUCCGGAUUCGUCCUAUCAUGUCCUGCAUCCGAUGCACCUUCAUGGUCUUCAGUUUCAAGUAGUGGCUAUGGAACUUAUGUCAGGCGCAACUGUGCAAUCUGUCAUGCAGCUCGAUCAGAACGGUGAAAUUAACCGUAAUCUGAAUGGACCGUUCAAAGACGUCGUGGUGGUACCCGACGGGGGCUAUACCAUCUUCAGGUUCCGGGCCUGGAACCCGGGAUGGUGGAUCUUCCAUUGUCACAUCGAGUUCCAUCUCGAGGAUGGUAUGGCACUCUUGUUCUGGAUGGGCAACUCUGCGGACUUCCAGCACAUUCCCGCGGGCUUCCCCAAGUGUGGUGUCUUCCCACCAGCUACCGACCGAGCCACGCCAACUGACCCAGCCACGCCAACUGACCCAGCCACGGUCACUCCUGAUCCCCCGCUUGAGUUUCCCCGGGCAGACGAGCAGCAAAAACUGGACACCUAUCACCUGGCCUGGAUCAUUCCCUUGACGUUCCUGAUAGCCGUGGCGGUAGGGUUCCUCCUGGGCUGCUUGUGCCGCCGUCACGCCUAUCCCGUCUCCGCAGAUCAGGGACCAGGGACGGUCGAAUUCUCGGCACAGAUCAGAGUGGUGCCGUUCACGUGCAGACGGCCGCGGUGUCGACUUGAAUAUUUUCUACUCAAGUUGUUUUCGGAUCGAUCGGUUGACCGGAAAAGUUAAAAAUCUUUCCUCUAUUUAAAAUUAUCGUUCUCAGUAUAGGCAAUGAAUUACAGAGAUUUUAUGUUUAGUAGUACUGUAUAUUUUAAAGUCAACAGGAGUAUUUUUAGCGUUAAGAUAUCUUUUUCGUAAUAACGUAUUAUUGUUAUUUGCGUAGGUUCUUUUCUUACGGCAUAUUGUAAAAUGCCAUGAAACUGUUGGGCCCUUUUUUUUUUUUAGAAAAGAUAUUAGGCCUGAAAUCCUUUAAAUCGACAGAGUACCACCCCUGGCCCUGGACAACUGGGACGCUAGAACUCCUUUCAUUUCUUCGAAUGUUGACUUUGGUAGGUCGGUAGGCACAAAAAAUAUUAUUGCAAUCUCAUUAUAUGCCCAACAUUAUGUGAAAUAGACGAAAACGCUAUUUAAAUCUGCCUCUUCCGUAGCCUCCAAAGUCUUUCUUGAAUUCUAGUGCGCAAACUUAAAAGAACAAAGUUAAUAAGGGGCGGUGCGUACUGCAGAUGAAAUCUCAAUCCAUGUGUCCAUAAAGUGUUAAUAGCGCCCUCAUUUGAUCGUAACCUCCACCACAGCGUGAGCGCGCGGUUUUGGCAAUAUCAGCUGGAUACACAUGGUCACGAUGUACUGGAAUGGAAGUUGGAACUUGAGUUGAACGUAAGUUCUGUUUUGCUGGAUAUUACUGAUAUCAUUAUAACGAUGCCUUGAUUAUGGCAUAAUUAUAUGAAGCCGAAAUUCUGCUGAUCGGGCAAAGGAUCUGGCGUCAGAGGAUGUGAGAGAUCAUUAUUCUACUGAAGUACUAGCAACUUCAACAACGGCGAUUUGCACUGCGUAAAGUAACGUGAGUAUUGAGUAUGCUGAGUAAACAGUAGUACUGUCGAGCGCAAUUUGAGUCCCCCGCGCAAGUU